CGUAUCACAUCCUUCCAGCCAAUCACAAUGAAGCCGUGUGUGACGUUGCUCUGUCACUGCAGUUUAAAUGCCGCGAAGGUGACCUUCAUUCACCCUGUUGGUUCUGAUUGUCAGUGCUGCGGCUCCUCUUGUUUACAUUUCCUUUCAGACUUUAAAAAAUAAACAUGGCUCACUUCAGCUAUUUAUCUGAUGCUCUUCAAGCUGAACUUAAGAAAACUGCUGAAGCUAUUGUUGCUCCUGGUAAAGGCAUUUUAGCUGCAGAUGAAAGUACAGGCACAAUGGGCAAAAGAUUGUCUAACAUUGGUGUUGAAAAUACUGAAGAGAACAGGAGGAUCUACAGACAACUUCUUUUUACCUCUGAUAAAUCUAUGGAAGACUACAUCAGUGGUGUAAUUCUUUUCCAUGAAACCCUCUUCCAGAAAACUGAUGAUGGCACAAAUUUCGUUACUCUGCUCCAGAACAGGGGAAUUAUUCCAGGAAUCAAGGUUGACAAAGGUGUCAUUGACCUUAUGGGAACAGAUGGAGAAUGUACUACACAAGGUUUGGAUGAUUUGGGCUCCCGAUGUGCUGAAUAUUACAAAUUGGGUUGCCGAUUUGCUAAAUGGAGAUGUGUCCUUAAGAUCAGAGACCAUACUCCAUCUCCCUUGUCAAUUUUGGAGAAUGCCAAUGUAUUAGCUCGUUAUGCAACUGAAUGCCAGAAGAAUGGCAUCGUCCCCAUUGUUGAACCUGAAAUCUUGCCCGAUGGUGACCAUGACUUAGAGCGUUGUCAGAAAGUCACUGAAAAAGUAUUAGCUGCCGUAUACAAAGCUUUGAGCGACCACCAUGUGUACUUGGAAGGUACAUUAUUGAAGCCUAAUAUGGUAACCCCAGGCCAGAGCUGUGCAAAGAAAUACUCUCCACAAGAUGUUGCUAAAGCCACUGUUACUGCUCUGCAGAGAACUGUACCUGCUGCUGUUCCUGGAAUCACUUUCUUGUCUGGUGGACAGUCUGAAGAAGAAGCUUCUAUUCAUUUGGAUGCCCUGAACAAAUACCCUGGCAAGAAACCAUGGGCCUUGACCUUCAGUUAUGGCCGAGCCUUGCAAGCUAGUGCCUUGAAGGCAUGGGCUGGAAAGAAUGAAUCCAUUAAGGCUGGACAGGACGAAUUCCUUAAAAGAGCAAAGGCCAACAGUGAAGCUUCCCUUGGAAAGUAUGGUGGUGGAGUCAGUGGAGCCGCAGCCGCAGAAACCCUCUUCAUUAAAGAUCAUGCAUAUUAAAAGGAGUUAUGUUCCUAUGUUGGAAAGGAAUCAAAAUUCUAUCUAUACCAGAGACUUGAUUUCCUCCCAUGUUCUUUCAUUCUUUCUGUAUGUUAAAAUCCAAGAUUUAUCUAUGUAAAAAUUAUGUUUAUUAAAUGUUUCAAACCCAUA